AUGAGUGGCAUCGAAAUUAUAGUCAAUGACUAAAACAUGGCCAUAGGUUCACUCUCCUUGGAUUUGAGAGAAUUGCAAUCCAACAAUCUGAAUGAGUGGUACAGCUUCUCAGAUAAGAAAUAAAUUACAGGCACUCUUCGUCUCACUUUCCAAUUCAACCAAAAUAACAAAAUACAAAAAUGUCAAGAAUAAUUAUAAUACCUAUUUUCUCAAUUAGAAGUUAAACUCAAACAAUAACGAAUUGCAUCACCCACCGUAGGAAGUGUGCAAUUAAUGCAAUAGUUUCUAACCAAAUAAAAGCAUAAUAAUAGUAACAUCAUCAAUUCAGAAUAUUAGAUUGGUAAUGAAUUCGAAGUUCACACCAUUAAACAACAAAUGAAUGAAAUCAAAUAACUCAUUAAUAAAUUCCAAUAAUUGUAGGCUUAAAAAUCUAGAGUCUAUCAACAACAAAAAAUUAUUAGCAAAUAAAAAGAAAUCUCUGAUUUACAAUAACAAAUUGCACAAACUAAAGAGUCAGUCUAAAGUCAGAUGGCAUUAUUAAAAAUUAUAAACGAAGAGGGCAAUUAUGGAAUAACCAAAAAACAAUUGAUUUUGCAAAAAUACAAAAAGAAACAAUAAGUUCUCAUAUCAUUAAAGUAAAAAUUGAACGAACACAAAUUUGAUAAAAGAUAAUCCUCUUUAGUCGUCCAGGCUUACAAAUAUGAAGGAAGACCAAGGCAAAAUAAUAGCGAAUUUUAAGUUAAAUGA